CGGAAACAAGUUCAGAGUGCCUCCAGCGGACUCGGGCGUCCAGUCUGCGUUGAACAGGGCUAUCGAACAGCACCGUUUGUCGGAGCGAGUAUUUUCAUGUUCACGUUAAGCCAAGGAGUGGCUUUUUUUAUUUUUCAAUGUUUUAUGUUUUGGUCCAGGACGUUGGCCGUUCAUUACACAGUCGCGUCCAAAGUUUUUGGUGACUUUUUUUUUUUUCAAAGCGUCUUUUUUGCCUGUUGUUCAAAUCAAAUCUUAGCCUGAAAGUUACUGGGGAUAUUGUCAAUUUGCUUCGAUAUCGCCUUUUUUGUCCAAUUUUGACACUGGAGGAAAAGUACGCCGUUCCGUUUUUGUUGUCGCUGUUGUAGCGGAUGCGUUUACUGUCACUUCAUGGUGGGACUGGACUGUGUUUGAUAUUCUCCUGCUUCACUUUUCUAAACAAGAGAGACACUUGGCGUGGCCAAACACGCCGUGCGAGCAACCCACGGACGCUUUCCAGCAGCGUAGCCCAGAAACGAUGCUCUCUGUUCGGAUGCAGCGUGGACAAGCUUACGGUCCGAUUGUGCUUUUGAUCUUGGUCGGGGGAUAUGUGGUGCAAACUGAGAGCAGCGACUACAGUGAUGCGGCGGUUCUCCCGGACUCCUAUCCAUCAGCACCAGCAGAACCUCUCCCAGAAUUCUUGCUCGAACCAGAGGAUGCGUUUAUUGUUAAGAACCGACCCGUUCAGCUUCGUUGCAGGGCUUCGCCGGCAACGCAGAUCUACUUCAAGUGCAAUGGGGAGUGGGUCAAUCAAAAUGAUCAUGUGACCAGGGAGAGCUUGGACCAGGCCACAGGUCUUGUGGUGAGGGAGGUGGACAUCUCAGUGUCAAGGACCCAAGUUGAGGAACUGUUUGGGUUGGAGGACUACUGGUGUCAGUGUGUAGCCUGGAGCUCAGCUGGCACCACCAAGAGCAUCCGCGCCUAUGUCCGCAUUGCAUACUUGAGGAAAAACUUUGAGCAGGAACCACUGGGGCGCGAGGUGCGACUGGAGCAGGAAGUCCUGUUGCAGUGUCGUCCCCCAGAAGGCAUGCCCAACGCUGGGGUGGACUGGCUGAAGAACGAAGAUGUCAUUGACCCUUCGCAGGACUCCAACUUCCUAAUUACCAUUGAUCACAACCUAAUAAUCAAACAGGCCAGACUCUCGGACACGGCCAACUACACCUGCUUGGCUCGUAAUGUGGUUGCCAAAAGGCGCAGCAGCACAGCAACUCUCAUUGUUUAUGUGAGCGGUGGAUGGUCCUCGUGGACGGAGUGGUCUGAGUGUAACACUAAGUGUGGACGGGGCUGGCAGCGAAGAACACGUAGCUGCACCAACCCGGCCCCCCUCAAUGGAGGAGCCUUCUGUGAAGGCCCACCCUUCCAGAGAGUGACUUGCACCACACUGUGCCCAGUGGAUGGAGGCUGGACCGAAUGGGCAAAGUGGUCUGCCUGUGGCACAGAGUGCACCCACUGGAGAAGCCGCGAAUGUCAAGCCCCUCCACCCAGGAAUGGAGGCAAGCACUGCAGCGGGAGCAUGAUGGAGAGUAAAAACUGUACUGAGGGGCUCUGCGCACGCAAUAAAAUGGUCUCUAUUGAGCAUGCAAGCCAUCCAGUGGCACCAGAGAUGGGCGUAGCGGUCUAUGGUGGAUUGGUAGGGGCGCUGUUGCUGUGCGUGAUCCUAGUGCUGUGCGUGGGCGUGCUGGCAUACCGCCGCAGAUGCAGCCACCUCCACGGAGACAUCACAGACUCUUCUUCUGCCCUCACCGCUCCCUUUCACCCCGGCAACUACAAGCCUCCCAGACAAGAUAACCUCCACCCUCUCCAUCCAUCCGCUCCUCCCGACCUGACAGCCACAGCAGGGGCUUUCCGCAGCCCGCUCUUCUCCUUACAACAGGGUGUUGGCGAAAGCCACCACAAAAUCCCCAUGACCACUUCCCCCCUGUUGGACCCCUUGCCAAGUCUCAAAAUCAAGAUGUAUAACUCCUCCACACUUUCGUCGCUGGAGAUCCCCGCUGACAUGUGCUCAGGAGACGGCGAGAUCCUCAGCCUGAAGUCGGUGGGCACCGAUCGACAGUUCCACAGCCACACAUUGUCCAGAGAGCCCGGGCUGAGCACCAGCGCCACCCUGGGCCAUCUCGGGGGGCGUCUCACCAUCCCCAACACAGGUGUGAGUCUGCUGGUCCCGCCUGGCACCAUCCCCCAGGGGAAAUUCUACGAGAUGUACCUCAUUAUCAGCAAAUGGGACAAAACGACGUUGCCCUCUGAGGGCAGCCAGACCGUGCUGAGCCCCGCUGUUAGCUGCGGUCCAUCUGCUUUGCUGCUCAACCGCCCUGUUGUCCUCACCUUGCCCCACUGUGCCCAGCUAGACACACCGACACCUGACUGGACGCUCACAUUCAAGACACAAACUCACCAAGGAGCUUGGGAGGAGGUGCUGACAGUGGGAGAGGAAAGUUUGUCCUCUCCUUGCUAUCUGCAGCUGGAGGAGGAGUGUUGUCACGUUCUCAUGGAGCAGCUGGGCACCUACGGUCUCGUGGGUCAGUCGUGCCCUCCGCAACCCGCUUGCAAGCGCCUUCAAUUGGCUUUGUUUGCACCCCGAGCCCCCUGCCUCUCCCUGGACUACAGCCUUCGCGUUUACUGCAUCCAUGACACCCCUCAUGCACUGAAGGAGGUGCUGGAUCUGGAGCGGAGUCUGGGUGGGGUCUUACUGGAGGAUCCUAAACUGUUGCUGUUUAAAGACAGCUACCACAACCUGCGUCUGUCCAUCCAUGACAUCCCUCACACUCACUGGAGAAGCAAACUGCUGGCCAAGUACCAGGAGAUCCCUUUCUAUCAUAUUUGGAGCGGCAGUCAGAGACCUCUGCAUUGCACGUUCAGCCUGGAGAGAAGCAGCCUGGCCGUAUCGCAGCUCUCUUGUAAAAUCUGCGUGCGACAAGUGGAAGGGGAGGGCCAAAUUUUCCAGCUGCACACCGACAUCCAGGAGACACCACCCCCUCACUCGCCGCACCCCUCAGCGGGCUCCUGUCUGCCUUCUUCUCAAGUAGGACCGUAUGCCUUCCGCUUGCCUUGCUCUAUCCGCCAGAAGAUCUGUGCCAGUUUGGACGCGCCGAGCGCCCGAGGGUGUGACUGGAGGCUGCUGGCACGAAGUUUAGGCUUUGACAGGUAUUUGAACUACUUUGCAACGAAGCCCAGCCCCACAGGAGUUCUGCUGGACUUAUGGGAAGCUUGUCACCAGGGUGACGCAGACCUGGUCUCACUAGCAACGGCGCUUGAAGAAAUGGGCAAGAGUGAGGUGCUCGUCGUCAUGACGACAGAUGAGGACUGUUGAUCAGCGGAUAACGAACGAGAGCAUAAAUAAAACUAAUUAUAAACAUGGCUACAAAUAUGUCGACGGCGACACGGAUGGUGAAACAUUUUAGUUCCUUUUCAUGUACUACUCUAUUACCUCUUUGUCAUUUUUCACCAAUUCAUUUCCAUAAGCAAUCAGCCUGAAUCCUCUGAAGCAGUUUUGAGAUUUGAAAGAUGUUUUCUCCUUAAAAGUCUGAAAAUGACCACAUUCAUGUAGUGUAUAUAAACAGAACUGCUUUCAGGGUAGAAAAAAAGAAAAAAGAAUGUAUUCAGCCCCCUGAAGUCUGAACAAUACGACAAAAGCAAACGUGGGAUUACCCGUGUUUGAGUAGCAGCAUGGAAGUGCAUGAUGGAAUGCCGUCACACCUCAGGCCAGCCACCCGCUUGCUUGUUUUGUCACCAAUGCACCCAGAACCCGUGUGAUCCAGCACCUCGGGCUGCAGACAGAAAGCGCUCGCUCAUUACUCGGCUCUUGCUUAUUGGCUGCGGACGAAUCAAACGAGGACAAAAGGGAGUGUCCGAGUUUGAACGCCUGGCUCCGGGCUCUUCUUAUCUCAUCCAGUAGAACGAGGGAGUGUUUCUGUUGUACUAACAAAAUGCCUCAAAGCCUUGGCGUCUGCACUACAUCAUCGCAACUGGCAAGGUGUGUAAUCUCUCCUCACACUUUGCAGCAUUCCCAUCCAGUGAGGAUAAAUUGCAAGUUUUCUGUUCAUCCUUUAAAAGUUUCCUUUGGGGGAACGCUCUUUAUAUUUGGGGGUUGUUUGUCAUGGCUGUUCUCUUUUUUCCCUGUUGCUCGCCCGUGUACGAAUUCUACUCCGGUCCAGCCAGCCAUGGAUUAGAUUUAAGCGCACCACAGGCCACUCAGUCGUGGAGAACAACAAAAUUUUGUCCUUUUGUUUUCACUCCGAUGUGCGGCAGAGGAACCUCCAAAGUCGAACACCAUCUGCUGUGAGAUGCAGAUUAAAUGUCACUUUUGUCGUAAUCACUGGAAAUCAUUCAAAAUGGAUGCAUCUGGUCCAGAGUCAACCUGCUGCUGUCAUUAGUGUUCUUUACUGCCGUACAAGUAUUGCGUUGCACAUAUACUGACAGAUUGUGUAGGAAAUUUAAAAACUGAACUAAAUAAAAGUAAACUUGUCCAAACACUUAGAGUGUUUAUACAACAAGACUGUCACUUUGUGGCUGGACUCAAUGAAGCCUCGAACGUUUCUCUUCCUAAUCAGUAUGAGAACACAGCCUGUGUUUUGUGCUGGCUAUUAAUUGUUUAUUUGCACAAUAUAACAAAAGCAAUACAACAACAUCACCAGGAUCACAAGAUGAGAUGGUGCAGAUACAAAAUUCAAAUAUAAACAUCAUGUGGUGUAGGACAUGAAGGAGGCCUCGUAGCUCAGUGGUUAGAGCACUGGUUUGGUAAUCUGAGAUGACACGCUGUAGCGACCCCGAAAGGGACAAGCCGAAAGAAACUGCUGGUGUAGGAUGUGAAAAAUGAAAGAAAAGAAGAUGCUUGUGCUCCAACAUGUACUGAUUAAGAAAGUAAUCAUCAACAUUGGUUGUCGGAGAAAAAAAUGCAGUGAGUUAUUUGCAGAGGGGUAUGUGACCCACCCCAAACAGGUGAAAAGAUGUGAUUUCAGACCUUAUCGAAAAGUCUAUUUUACAUAAUACAUUACAUAAUUUCCCUUUGGAGGUUCCACUGUAUGUGAGAAGAGGGGCUUAAAUGGGCCCUUGGAGUUCAUCACACAUACAUUUGCCACAAUUGAUGAGUUUGGACUUGAGGCAGGCAACUGUGCGUAACUUUUACCUCAACACUCGCUCGGCGUUUCAGUCUCAUCAAUGUUGUUUGUUGACUUGAUCACGUCCGCCCUGUUUUGUGGUCAGGACCUUCAAGCUGUCUUCAUCUUCAGUGUUAGUCAGCAGCCAGCCAUGUUUGAAGCCAUCGUUAUGAGGGAAGCACUGAUGAUGUCGGUUACUUCUGGUUUUCUGACAAUGUGUGCAAAAAAAAAAAAAAAAAAGUUUAUAACUUUGGAGUCUCAAAACCAAAACACCGGAAGUAUGAAUGUGUGUGUGUGUACAUGCUGUCAAAAUAUCUUCGGGCCACAAAAACCUUCAUACAGCACCAUUAUUAUGUGUACAUUUAUUUGUGUGUACAUUUCAGCUGGUCUGCCCAAUCCUUGACUGUGUGUGUGUGUGUGUG